AUGUCUCAAGGCACUUUAUACAUUAUGGAGCAAUCUCCAAGAUCAUUCAUCUUGGCAGAUAUCAUCAAACACUACAAAUUAGAUGUCAAACUCACCACUGAAAAAGAUGCCGCUUACAAUGCCAAAUUCCCAUUGGGCAAAACCCCAGCAUUCAUUGGACCCAAGGGCUACGCAUUGAGUGAAACCAUUGCCAUUGCUACCUACUUGUUCUCAUUAGUUUCGAAAGACCAAAUUGGUGGUUUGUUGGGCAAGAACGGUCAGCAAUACGCUGCUAUUGUGAAGUACAUCUCUUUGUUCAAUCAAGAAUGGAUUGAGGCUGUAACUCCAAACUUUUACAUGGCAGUAGGCAGAGCACCAUUCAAUAAAAAGGCCAAUGAUGAAAACUUGGCCAAGUUGGAUGUUUUGGGAAACAUUUUGGAAACGAGAUUGAAUGAUUUCACAUUCUUAGUUGGUGAGAGAUUGACGUAUGCUGAUUUGUUUGUUGCUGCUGCGUUGACAUUUGGCUUGUCUACUGUUGUCGGUGCUCCAUUCUUGAAGAAAUUCCCAAAUGUCGCUAGAUGGUUCAACACUGUUGCCAAGUCUUCGUUCUGGGAAGGUAGAUUUGAUUCAUACAAGCCCGCUGACCCACCGUUGGUCUUCACUCCACCAAAGAAGGAAAAGAAGGAAAAAGCACCUGCUGCUGCUGCUGCUGCUGCUGCUCCAGCCAAGAAGGAGGCUGCUCCAAAAGCUGCUGCUGCUGAAGAGCCUGCUCCUGCUGCUGCUCCAAAGCCAAAACACCCAUUGGAAGCUUUGGGCAAGCCAAAGGCUCCAUUGGACGAGUGGAAGAGAACUUACUCCAACGAAGAGACUAGAGAAGUUGCUAUCCCAUGGUUCUGGAAGAACCAAUACGAUCCAGAAGAAUGGUCAUUAUGGAAGGUUGACUACAAGUACAAUGACGAAUUGACUUUGACCUUUAUGUCAAACAACUUGGUUGGUGGAUUUUUCAACAGAUUGUCGGCUUCUACCAAGUACAUGUUUGGAUGUAUGGUUGUUUAUGGAGAAAACAACAACAACGGUAUCACUGGUGCCUUUUUGGUUAGAGGACAAGAUUAUGUUCCAGCUUUUGAUGUUGCUCCAGAUUGGGAAUCUUAUGAGUUCACCAAAUUGGACGCUUCAAAAGAAGAAGACAAAAAGUUCUUUGACAACAUGUUGGCAUGGGAUGAGCCAGUUGUUGUCAAUGGUGAAAAAAGAGAAAUCUCCGAUGGUAAAGUUUUCAAAUAG